AUGCAGAACGACGCCGGGGAGUUUGUGGACCUCUACGUCCCUCGGAAAUGCUCUGCUAGCAACCGAAUAAUUGGUGCCAAGGAUCAUGCUUCUAUUCAGAUAAAUAUUUCUGAG